CAGAGCCCGACGCCUCCCGCUCGCCGCUCUUGAACCCCGCCCUCCCCGGGCCGGGCUCCGGGCACAGGACCUCUGGGUUCCUAGAGCGCUGUCCAGGACCACCAUGGGCUCAGAGAUGGAGCCACUGCUCCGGGCCUGGAGCUAUUUUAGACGCAGGAAGUUCCAGCUCUGCGCCGAUCUGUGCACGCAGAUGCUGGAGAAGUCCCCUUAUGACCAGGCAGCUUGGAUCUUGAAAGCACGAGCGCUGACAGAGAUGGUGUACAUAGAUGAAAUUGAUGUGGAUCAGGAAGGAAUUGCUGAGAUGAUUCUGGAUGAAAAUGCUAUUGCCCAGGUUCCACGCCCUGGCACAUCUUUGAAGCUCCCUGGCACUAACCAGACAGGAGGACCGACUCAAGCUGUCAGGCCAAUCACUCAAGCUGGAAGACCCAUAACGGGCUUCCUUAGGCCCAGCACACAGAGUGGAAGGCCGGGUACAAUGGAACAGGCCAUCAGAACACCGAGAACUGCCUACACAGCACGACCUAUCACUAGCUCAUCUGGGAGAUUCGUCAGACUGGGGACUGCUUCCAUGCUUACGAGUCCCGAUGGACCAUUUAUAAAUUUAUCUAGACUCAAUUUAACGAAAUAUUCCCAGAAACCUAAGUUGGCAAAGGCUUUAUUUGAAUAUAUUUUCCACCAUGAAAAUGAUGUUAAGAUGGCUUUGGAUUUGGCGUCCCUUUCCACGGAGUAUUCUCAGUACAAGGACUGGUGGUGGAAGGUACAGAUUGGAAAAUGUUACUACAGGUUGGGAUUGUACCGUGAAGCAGAGAAACAGUUUAAGUCAGCCCUGAAGCAGCAGGAAAUGGUAGAUACAUUUCUCUAUCUGGCAAAAGUUUAUAUCAUAUUGGAUCAACCUGUGACUGCUUUAAAUCUAUUCAAACAAGGCUUAGAUAAGUUUCCAGGAGAGGUGACCCUGCUUUGUGGAAUUGCCAGGAUUUAUGAGGAGAUGAACAAUAGUUCAUCUGCAGCAGAAUACUACAAAGAAGUUCUCAAACAAGACAAUACUCACGUGGAAGCCAUUGCCUGCAUUGGAAGCAACCACUUUUAUUCUGACCAGCCGGAAGUUGCCCUCAGGUUUUACAGGCGCCUCUUGCAGAUGGGGGUUUAUAACUGCCAGCUUUUCAACAACCUGGGGCUGUGCUGCUUCUAUGCCCAGCAGUAUGAUAUGACUCUUACCUCGUUUGAACGGGCCCUGUCCCUGGCUGAAAACGAAGAGGAGGCAGCUGACGUCUGGUACAACCUGGGGCACAUUGCUGUGGGGAUAGGAGAUACCAACUUAGCCCAUCAGUGCUUCAGGCUGGCCCUGGUCCACAACAACCACCACGCCGAGGCCUACAACAACCUAGCCGUGCUGGAGAUGCGCAAGGGUCACAUUGAACAGGCACGGGCGCUCUUACAAACUGCAUCGUCUUUAGCACCCCAUAUGUACGAGCCGCAUUUUAAUUUCGCAACAGUCUCUGAUAAGAUUGGAGAUCUGCAGAGAAGCUACGUUGCGGCUCAGAAGUCUGAAGCCGCAUUUCCUGAGCACGUGGACACGCAGCACUUAAUCAAGCAGCUAAAGCAGCACUUUGCUAUGCUCUGAUCAGUCCUUGGACCAGACAUGUCUCCCUGAAGGGCCUGCACACAGGGCAGAGAACGCACUGAGUGCGGGUGUAUCAAUAGUGUGCUGCAGACCUCAUAAGGCAGGCAUCCUACAAGACUGUAAACCAGACCCUGUUAUAGGAACUCUGUUGUUUUAUAAGGUAAUUCCAUAAAAAUAGGAUGUAAGCAUUUCCUAGUUUUACUUUAUCAAUUAAAAAAUUUAUCAGAUACAGACAUUUUCAAAGAAGAAUGUCAUAUGUGCUGGGCGCCCUCCUGCCAUGCCCC